UCAAUUUAAGCUUGUUUGGACAAACUGAUGAAGGAGUACAGACUGAACAGCUGACAUGAAGAUCAAUAAAUUGUGUUUAUUUUUUCUCCUUCUGUCCCAGAGCUCGGUACAGGAAGACACAGUGGCAGUAGACAUUGGAGUUCAUCAGGUGGAGCGUUUAGUGGAGAUGCUGACCUUCCAGGAGUGUGAAAAGCUCCUGCUUGCCCUGUCUCGCCCAGCGCAGGACAUCUUUCAGCGCAUUGAACGUCUCUCUCUAGAAAAUAAUCGACUGAAUUCUAGACUUCGAGCCAAGAGAGACAUCGCCUUUGCUACAGGAGAUGAAAAGAGUCAAUGCAGGACAUCCUUGACAAACUGGCUGCUGAAGUUUGGUGAAAAAAUUUACUACGACAGGCUUUCUCGUUCCUUGCAGCACAUCGGCAGAACAGACAUUGCCCUGGAAGUGGGUAAGAACAUCAACCAGGAUAAAAUCUUAAACUUGAAGCGUUACGUCGAGGACUACAAAAAACACGCCCUAAGUGACGCAAAGCCAGAUCCACAGGGGAACAAGGACCCCCAUCAUCAUAAAGGACGAAGGAUAAGGAUUGAGGAUGUGUCGUGGCGUGACCUGGAUCUGAUCGUGAAGAGGGCGCCGGUCCCCGUGUAUCCGAGGGGGCCUCUGGAUGUGACUCUGCCUGUUUUGUACGGCAUCCUGCUCAGCUUGGUCACCUGCGCAGGUUUACUCUUCAUCCUCGUUCUUGUUUCUCGGGAAUCAGGUUGAUGAUUUUAGGAUGUUUCCAGAACAAUAAAAUGUUUCUGGUUGAGUGUCAGCAAAUAAAUACACAAAAUCUUCAA